AUGAAGUCACGCACCAACGCGACGAAAGGCUCAAGCCCCGCCAAGAUCACACCGUCUCCAGCCGCCAUCAAGAAGUCGGGCACAACGACCCACCGCGUCUCGUCUAUCUCUCAACCAGGCCAGACUUCUACUUCUCGUGGUCAUGGCCGCCCUCGUCGCAGCCAGCAUCCCGUCGUCGUGAUUGCAAAGACGCCUCCUCGCAAGCAGGGCAAGCCAGCUGAGAUCGCUGACAGUGGCGAGACGGACGGCCGUGGUGCCCACUUGAAGGAGAUGCAUAGGUUCUUCAGGGAAAAGCGCCCUCAACUUGCGCAGUGGAGUUUCAAGACGCAGCAGAAGAAGUUGGGCAAAAUGGGGGCCAACCUCGUGGCGCAGAUCCCCGACAUUGGCGAAUCAAAACCCGUCGAGGCUGAGUGA